AUGAGAAGAGGAGGGUGUAGUGUAGCUGACACCUUUUUACUUCAUCCAUAUUUUCCCUAUUGGGAUGUAUCUGGAAUAAAUCAAAACGACUGCAAAACGGUGGUGGUGGUGUUAAUAAAGCGAAGAGCAUGUAUUUUAAGGUAUUGGGUAGCAAUCCUUUAUGUGAAUACAAAAUAUUCCAUUAAACAUUUUCCUUGCUUUGCUUUUCUGAUGAUUCUGUCAAUGAUACUUAUAAAUAAAUGUGCCUUUGGCUGCAAAAUUGAGCUAGAAACACGAUGCAGUUUGUGGAAAAGACCGUCACCUGUUGUGCCUGGAACUUUUAUACAGUUUACCCUAACGCCCCUCUAUGGAUAUUUACUGACUCGAGUAUUUGGGCUUGAUCAAGCUUUGUCAGUUGGAUUGAUUAUAACCUGCUCCUGUCCGGGUGGAGGUGGUGGGUACCUUUUUGCUGUGCUGCUGGAAGAAAUCUCAAUGACAUUCGUGUCAACAAUUAUCGCUAUUGCUGUAAUACCAAUAACUGCAAUGAUAUAUAUCCAGGUGUUAGGACUAUUGAGUUCAUUGCACAUCCCUUUUGAUAAAAUGGUUAUUACUGUUGUAUCUAUUGUUAUUCCGGUAUCACUUGGAAUAUUAAUUAAGCAGUGCUUUCCCAGAGUAGCUAAAGCUUUUGUGGGCUUUGAAAAGCCAUUCACUGUCAUUUUAAUCGCUAUUUCAUUUUAUAUUGGUUUUAAAAUGGGAACUGCAUUUAUUCAAGGAAUCAAUAAAGGCUUGCUGCUAAUUUGUAUUCUAUUUCCUCAAUGUUGCUACUUUUGUGCCAAGUGUCUAAAAUUGCCUUUUCCGGUCUGUCGAACUGUUGCCAUUGAGACUGGAAUGCAAAACAGGCUCUUGGCACUGGCAAUCCUGCAGCUCUCUCUCUCGCAGGAAGAGGCGGAUUUGACGACUUUAUUUGUGGCCAUGAGCACUUGUUGUGAAAUCCUGCUGCUUUUCAUGUUCUACAGUAUAAGAAAAAAGUAUAUAAAAAAAGAAAGGUCUACCUUCAAAUAAAUUCACAGCUCAUCUUGUUCAAUGUAUUAUUAAUCUGUGGUACCAGUACCAGUAAACCCCUGGGGGGAAGCUAUAUUUUUCAUAAAAGUUGUCUUUUUCAAAAGAUGCAUAAUUCCAACAUGUAAAGUACUUUAUACAGACUGUUCAUUAUUAAAAAGACAAUAUAUAUGUACACCACUGGCAAGCUUUUUUAGUGUGAGAAUCCACUGUGUGGCCAUUCUGAUGUCAUUAUUUAAAUGUUGUUGGCCUCCCAUGAUCCUGAAUCCAAUGACACAUAACCAACAUGUAGCAGCCAAGUUUGCAGAACAUUGUGACUGACAAACAUUCAUUCUUCAGUAAAUGAGAAAAAAGGUUUACUUUAUUCAAGCAUUAUAAUUACUCACACCACAGCAUAGAUUAGCUAUAGAAAACACCAUGUGUUAGUAAAUCUGUAACUGCUAUCUUACUGAUAUGACCACCAGUACAACCAGACUUCCAGUACAGGACAUCUGGCCAGUCAUCAGAGAUAGUGAUUGCAGAACUGCGUGAAUG